AUGUCGGCCCCCACAAUACGAGCGUCCUUCCCCGUCCGGCUCUGGCAUCGGUAUACCACCGCCCUCCGGGAAAAGCCAAUACGAACGCGCAUGAUCUCUUCGGGGGUACUGUAUGUCGUCGGGGACUUGACGGCGCAGCUGGGCAUUGAGGAUAAGCGGAUGUUUGCACGGGCAGAGGUGGAAGAUACAGAAGGCAGAUACGAUAUACAACGGACUAUGCGCAUGACUGCUUAUGGCAUGUUAGUCUUCGCUCCCCUGGGCCACAUCUGGUUAAACGCCCUCGAGCGAGUCAAAUUCGCAUCAAAAGUGUCGAUGUUCCCGACUGUACAGGGCGCGCUAGAGGGUCGAAGACCUGCCGAGAUCAAGCGCAAGGUCGAGAUGGUAUGGUGGCCUACCUAUUCGAAAGCCGUCUGCGUCUUUGGUCCAACGCAAAUAGUAAACUUCUCGCUGGUACCUGUACAUCUGCGGAUGCUCGCCUUGCAGAGUGUCGGACUAUGCUGGAACAUCUUCCUCUCCUGGUCGAAUAACCUAAACAAUCGCCAACUCGCCCUCGCAGCGGCUGCUCUCGCACAAGCCGAAGCCGCCCAUCUUCCCGAGAAGCAAGUAGCCAAGCUCGAAGCCGAGGUGGACAAGCGAGAGGCAAAGAAGGAGGUUUUGCACGCGGCGGGUGGGGCAAAUCAGGUGGGCGUGCGGAUGGGGUGGGCGUAG